ACUGUUCCGAAGUUGGUACCACGUUUCCAGGGACAGCAGAAGGCGAUCCGAUCCCGUCCCUCUUUCAUUGCCACAUACCUUUGAUGCAGAAGGGCGCCCCUCCGCCCCCUUUUCCAGCCACAGGGACUAAAAAGGGAAGCCAUGGGAAUGUGUUGGGCGGCACUCCCAAGGACUCACAAGCAGUGUGGUUGUGGGCUGCUUAGAGGGUGAUCCCUACCAGGGUCCGGAGGGGAGUCCUGAUGCACCAUGGAGACAGCUUCAAGUUUUGGUCCAUCCUGCGACGCAGGGAGUUGCGUUCCUAACAUGGAUACUUCCGAAUGGUCAGAAGAGGCCCCAGCAUCUUGUUCAGAAGGUCACUAUCCAGCGACACAAGGAGAAGUCUUCAAUGGAAGAUACCAAGUGGUACAGAAUCUGGGGUGUGGCUACUUCUCAACAGUCUGGCUUUGCCAAGACAUGGGGAGGAAAAGGUGUGUGGCUGUGAAGGUGCCGAAGGGAGGGGAGGAUUUUGUCGAGGCAGCCCUGGAUGAAGUGAUGCUCCUGCGCUGCGUGAACAGCAAGAGGAGGAAAGACCAAGCUGGAGACCACGUCAUCCGCAUGCUUGACGAUUUCAAAAUGAUGGGCGAGAAUGGCUUCCAUGUGUGCUUAGUGUUUGAGCUACUGGGCCCUUCGCUGCAGUCCUUGCUGAGCUGUCCGGGCGUCCGAGGUCUCCCCUUGCCCUUUGUCAAGAAAGCGACACAUCAGGUGCUCACCGGCUUACAGUUCCUGCACAAGGAAUGCCGCAUCAUCCACGCGGACAUCAAGCCGGAGAACAUCCUGCUGUAUGUCACAGAAGAAAGCCUGAAGACCCUCUUGCACAACAUGGUCUCCUCAGGACCCCGUGAAGAAACAAAGCCACAGAGGUCAGAUGACCUGGCUGCUCUCUUGGAUUGCUGCAACCUCAUGAAAAUGGGAGUCAAAAUUGCAGACCUGGGAAGCGCCUGCUGGACGUACAAGUCCUUCUCCAAAAAGAUCCAGACCCAGCCCUACAGAGCCCUGGAGGUCCUUCUUGGAUUGGAUUACGGCACCCCGGCUGAUAUCUGGAGCACUGCGUGCUUGGCUUUUGAGCUGGCAACUGGAGAACAUCUCUUUAAACCUCAAGCUGGACGGUAUUUCUCUAGAGAUGAUGAUCACGUGGCUCGGAUCAUUGAACUCCUAGGCAGAAUUCCCCCCCAAAUUGCUUUGUUCUGGCAACAGGCAUCAGGUUUCUUCAGCAGAAAAGGUGCCCUUCUGCGGCUGUCUCGGAUCUCUUCCUACGACUUGUACCAUCUCCUCACUGAUAAAUACCGGUGGCCAAAACACCAGGCAGCUCCAUUUGCCGGCUUUCUCCUGCCAAUGCUGGAGUACGUGCCAGCGAGAAGGGCACCAGCUGAGCGAUGCCUUCAGCAUCCAUGGCUCAGAACGUAGUUACCAAUAGAUCCUGAUCCCAUGGCUCUUUGCCCCUGUCGGCUGUGACUAUGAUGGGGACAGGCUCUCGUGAUGAAUUCUCAAUCCUCAGGGAAUGUUGCAAUGCUGCAGAGAUGUACUGAGGUAAAACGGUGCCCGGAGACAAAUUGUCUCCGGGCGCCGCCCCUCACUGCAUCUGGGGGGGCGGGACUCCUACUUUCCUCCCCCAUCCUCCGAGAGCUGCUUUUAUAAGCACUGAGGGCAAGGAGGUGGGGCUUGAGGAGGCAUGGAGGUGUGACCUCACCUUAAGUCCCGCCCCCAGCCUCAGCCCUUAUAAAAGCAGCUCUUGGUGGACGGGGGACAGCAGUAGUUUCUGCUCUCCCCAGAGGUGAGGACAGAAGGGAC